AUGUUUUAUGUUUUAGUGUCAAUUCAAGUGGAUUUUAAGGUGUUGUUAUUAUUUAGUAUAUUUAUUGUAAUUGGAUGUGGAAUUAAAAUUCGUACAAAUUAUGAGAGGGAUAAUCCUUGCUGUUGCAUGCCUUGUUUACACAAAGGAAUAUGUAGUCCUGUUAGUUCUUCUACUUAUGAAUGUAUUUGCCCUACAGGAUAUUACGGGAAAAAUUGUGAAAAAUCUACACUUGCUAAAUGGUUUGGAAAUUUAAUAAAUUUAAAUCAAUAUAAAAAACAAAAAUUUGCUUUAACCGGAAGAUUAUUUUGGUCAAUUAUAAAUAACGUUCCCCUUUUACACGAUUGUUUCCUACGACAAUUUUAUAAAUCUGCAAAUGAUUUAGGUUCGUUUCCCGUUUGGCCCCUAACUCAAAAUUAUGUGUUUUUAAAUUCAUUUAAUAAUAAUUCUUAUUUAUUAAGAGGAAUCCCUCCUGUACCCAUCGAAUGUCCCACUCCAUUGGGAAUCAAAGGACCGUCAAAAUUACCCGAUAUCGAUUACAUAUAUAAAAAAUUAUUUUUAAGAAAUCAAUUUAAACCGUGUCCGUUGAAAACAAAUUUAAUUUUUGCUACAUUUUCACAAUAUUUAGCUUAUCAAUUUUUAAAAAUAAAAUCAUCCAACCACAAUAAUAAUAAUAAUAAUAAUAAUUUUAUCGAUAUUUAUAACGAUGAUUUAAACGAAUCGGAAAAUAAUGUGAAAACAUUGAGGAGCGGUAUAAAUGGAAAAUUUAAAACGAGAAAAAUUAACGGACAAGAAUUUCCACCGUAUUUAGAAGAUGAACCAUCGCCAAAGGGUAAGAAAACGGUUUUUCCAAAAUGGGCAAUGACAAAUAAAAUGUUUAGUGUUACACCAUUUAUGUUUUCAAUGGCAACCAUUUGGUUAAGAGAACAUAAUCGUGUGUGUGAAAUUCUUGUUAAAAAAUAUCCAGAAUGGAAUGAUGAAAAACUUUAUCAAACUGCUAAAAAAAUAUUAUUAGGUGAAUUACUAACGAUAACAAUUGAAGAAUAUAUUCAACAUUUGGCACAGUAUAAAAUGAAAUUGAUUUUCAAACCUAAUCUUAUUCAUAACGAACCCAUAACAUUUAAUGAUGAUAUGCAGUUUGAAUUUAGUUUACCUUUUCAUUGGCAUCAAAUGUUACCUGAUUCAUAUAAUAUUCAAGGACAUCAUUAUAAUUUAUCAGAUUUAGUUUUUAGUAAUAAUAGAAUUGUUUUCGAUCACGGAUUAGAUGCUGUUAUCGAUUUGAUGGGAAGAACUCCUGCUGGACAGGUGACUUUUCAAAAUUUUGGAAAAACAUUUGGAAAUGUUAUGAAACAGUUGAUCGAAGAAGGACGAAAGAGUAGACUUCAUUCGUUUAAUGAUUACAGAAAAUAUUUCGAUUUAAAACCUUAUUCUAGUUUUAAAGAUUUAACAGGAGAUAAAAAAAUUGGGAAAAUAUUACAGGAUUUGUAUGGUGAUAUUGAUGCUGUGGAAUUUGUUGUCGGAAGCUUUUUGGAAAAACACAAAGAUACAGUUAUACCUCCUACAAUGAUUUUAUUAUCUGGUCCUGUAGCUUUAAGAGGGAUUUUAAGCAAUCCAAUAGGAACAUCAGAGUUUUGGAAAUCCUCAACCUUUGGUGGAAAAAUUGGUUUUGAUAUUGUUCAAAAAGCCACAUUACAAAAGUUGAUAUGUUUAAAUUUAAAGCAAAAUUGUAAAAAUAACGUUUGGGUUUCAUUUAAAACUCCUAUUAAUUUUUAA